CCACCAUUCUUGAAUGAAAGCUCGUUUUUGUUGUAAUCUGUGGUGUGCUUGCGAAGCUCGUGGGUUUCUACAAUGUUCCCCUGGCUUCCCGUCUUCGUAACAUUGGUGUCUCCUAUUGUGGCGGAUUCACCUUACUCUAACCUCAUCGGGACGAUCGCCAAGCUGGGGCGUGAACCGUUGACUAACUUACAGAACACGUUCCGGGGUGAUCUCUUGUGGUGUGGAGUCCAUGACGUGGCCCCAUUUCCAGAGGCUCUGAGCUCUGUCUAUCCUAGUUUAGACAAUUGUUGUCGUCAGCACGAUCAAUGCCCUCUGAUUGUGGACAGAGGUCAAUGUUGGAAGGGCAUUUGCAACAAAUCCCUCUUAUUCCCCAUUCUCGGAUGUGACUGCGAGCAGCAGUUUCGCAAAUGUCUCGACGCAAUUGCUUACAACAGUCGCGAUUCGAGUUUCAUUUACGCUCCCGUCACGGUGAGCGAGUCUAAAUUGAGUGAAUCUGUGGGUUUUGGUUAUUUUUCUGUGGCCCCCAAAUUAGCGGACCGUCGAUGCAUCCAGAAAACCAGACCUCUCAUGGGAUGCGCCGAGAAUUUCAAUGGUUAUUGCACCAAAUUCGUGUUCAAUGAGAAGAGACCCAUGCGAUGGCAAUUGUUUCGAUUGAAAGACUUGGAUCAGGCGGGACUACUGUUUUAGUAGCCUGUCCACGAAUUCGUUCCAAUUCUUUACCAACUGAUGUUGUAAUUGGUAAUUCAAUUUCAUGAAUACAUGUGCUCAUUCUCGUAAUUAAAUAAAACACGAUGUCAAUCAUCGUGGCACAAUA